AUGGCUACAGACACUGCGUCUCAGGGACCGCGACGGGGCUCUGUGCGCGUCGACCCCAAGCUCGCUAGUGAGGAAGAUGCAGCAGUACUGGCAAAGAUGGGCUACAAGCAGGAGCUUCGUCGCAACUUCAGCAUGGUCGAAGUAUUUGGUAUUGCAUUUGCAAUCAUGGGACUUUUACCUUCGAUUGCCAGCACAUUGUCAUACUCAAUUCCUGCGGGUCCAGUUGGCCUAGUAUGGGGUUGGUUUCUGGCGUCCGGCUGCAUAUUCAUUGUCGGACUGGCCAUGGCUGAUCUGGGAUCCAGCAUGCCCACAAGCGGUGGACUCUACUACUGGACCCACUACUAUGCUUCGCCAAAAUGGAGGAAUCCUCUGAGCUUCUUGGUUGGAUAUAGCAAUACACUUGGGCUGGUGGGAGGCCUCUGUUCCAUUGACUACGGGUUCUCCCUGAUGUUUUUGUCCGUUAUAGUGAUCUCGCGGGACGGCAACUGGAGUCCCAGCAACGGUGUCAUCUAUGCCACCUUUCUGGCUACCGUAGCCACCCACGGCCUGAUCGCUUCCACCAUGGCUCGGGUUAUGGGUAAACUCCAAACGGUUUUUGUGGUGAUGAAUUUUGUCCUCAUUCUCGCAACCAUAAUUGCACUGCCAAUAGGAGCCAACGCCCGCAACAGCGCAUCAUAUAUCUUUACCCAUGUCGAGAACCUUACCACAUGGCCAACAGGGUGGGCGUUCAUGUUGUCUUGGCUGUCACCCAUAUGGACCAUUGGCGGAUUUGACUCCGCCGUACACAUAUCGGAAGAGGCUGCCAAUGCGACCAAAGCCGUCCUUUCGGCAUACUUUUCUCUAUCGGGUCGUGCUGGCUCUUUGGCUGGAUUUGCUGCAUAG